AUGAAGUGCCACAAGAUGGCGCAAGACACGCGAUUACAAAAACCAAGCUCAAGAGGUCAAGAGAACGUUGCGACGACGUCAGGCAACGGUGAAGGUAUUACGAGGCCUCCAGCAACAUCAUCCAGGUGGUCUUUGCCUCAACAUGCCAACCACGGUGUUACCGAGGCAGGUGAUGCGGAUGCAUCGAUAGAUACGCAUGCCGCUCAAAGGUCAACUUCCAGAUUGGGUUCCCGUCCCCACUCAACACAACGUUCAGGUCAUGAUUUCUGGACGGAGAACAGAGGUUUUCGACUUUCUGACAUCCUCAACCGGCAGAUUACAAGAGGAGACUUCUCUUUGCAAAACGUGCUAAGUACUGAACACGGAAAUGCGCCGGAAGAAUGUAACCAGAAUGUAUCGGAAAAUGAUCCAGUUAACAAAGGCCUGGUCAACCUCCAUUUCGCUACCGAGCUGUUCGGUGGAUUCAUGAAGCACCUAAAUCCUUUUAUCAGCCAACUGGAUCCUUCCCUACAUGCCUUCGAGUAUGUCAGGGAGGUGUCUUCUUUCCUCUCCACCGCCGUUCUAGCGGCAGCCGCAAAAUUACUGCACCCUGCACUACAGAAGCCCUUACUCUCCCAUGCUGAAGAGCUUUUCUUAGAGAGCUUUCGCUGUGGUUCGAAGUCGCCAGAGACAGUACAGGCGAUACUCAUUCUGACAUAUUGGAAGGAGCCACGCGACAAUCGUGUAUGGCUGUCUGUAGGCCAUGCUAUCAGAAUGGCCAUCGAGCUUGGUUGGCAUAAUUUUGGGAGUGGUGCAAUGAAACCCCCAGAAAACGCGUCUGACCGUCAAGCGAUGCAAUUCAGGAACAUCGAGAGGACCUGGCUAGUCUUGUUUGUGUAUGACCGAAGCAUCAGCUUGCAGACCGGCAAACCUUGGAUGAUCGAGAGGAGCAGCUAUCUAGAGUCAGUAAGCAAUUGGCAUCUACACCCUCUUGAAGUGGCCAACGACAGGCUACUUUGCGCAUUCGUAUCCCUACGCCUCAUCACUUCCACACACUUUGAGAUGAUGACGACCCAAUAUGCACAACAUCAACGCCAGGACCCCUCGCAGUUCCGAUCAUUGCUGCGUGUGCUUGAUCGAAAGAUUAUCAACUGGCAAAGGAAAUGGACGGAAACAGUAUCCGAGCGGGGCGAGGAUUGUCAUGCCUUUUUGGUACCGUUCUACGGCAGCUAUGCACGGCUGCUCUUAUUCACUUCCUCACUGCGUGCAUCGAUUAGGUUGAAAGAUAUCGAGACAUCAGUCGAUACGGAGGCGAUUUGGAAUAGCUAUUCCAGCGCUGUCGAUAUGCUCAAGCUUGUAUCUGAUCCCUCUUCAUCACAGCUCGUAUACUUUGCGCAAGACUCUGUACAUGUCAUGAUCGCUUACGCGACAGUAUUCCUCAUCAAGCUCUUACUCUCAGCGCCGUCAUACAUCCGAAUCGAGAUGGAAAUGCCAGCUUUGGACGGUAUACGUAACACAGCGGAAGUCUUCGACAAACUUCAAGCACCGGCAGGUACAAGCUGCGCCUUGCAAGCAGCAUUUUUACACAAUGUUUUGGUCCAACACGAAGCAAUGAGAGAGCAGCGCUCAUCCUCGCGUUCGCACAUCCCCGCCGCACCCGCCGCGUCUACCGCACCUACCGCGAACGUGGACACUACAGCCCACGAAUCCACGCUGCCUCAUGCACAAACUACCCAAAGACAUGGAGUUGAUACAAUGUACGAUGAUCAGGAUGCGUAUCAUUAUGCAUCGGAAGAUGCAUCAACAUUCGAUAUGAAUUUUGUGGAUGACGAAGCCUGGGCGUUCAUGUUCGCUAACGCUGGCUUCAACAUUGGCCAGGGCGCAUUCAUGUCACCGACUUGA